AUGGCCAGUGAUAUCAUUAUUUCCAAUUGGUGCAUUUUUUUGUUUACUGUUUUUUAUUUCAACUUCCAAUGUUGUACUUGUACAUCCAAUAAAAUUAGAAAAGGUGAAAUUUUAAGAGAUGGUGAUAUCUUAAUUUCUCCAAAAAAGGAAUUUAUUUUGGGAUUUUUUAGUCCAAAUGUUUCUAAUAAUCAAAGGUUUCUUGGUAUAUGGUAUGUAGAUGGUCCAUUCAAUUCAUUUGUUUGGGUUGCAAACAGAGACAAACCAAUUUUUGAUAAAAAUGGUACUUUUACUAUUGAUAAAAAUGGGAAUUUUGUGGUGAAAAAUGGUCAUGGCAAUUUAAUGUGGACUACAAAUGUUUCUACAAGCAAGUCACAGACCGCACGAAAUGAGAGACAGAAUUGUACAGCAUUCCUUUCAGAUGAUGGCAAUCUUAUCAUAGUUAAUAGCAAUAACAAGGAAUUGUGGCAGAGUUUCCAUCAUCCUACAGAUACAUUUUUGCCAGGAAUGAAAUUUUAUAUGGAUCAAGUUUUGAGGUCUUGGACUAGUGAAACUAAUCCUUCACCUGGAAGGUACUCCUUAGGAGCUAAUCCUCGUGGAUCACCACAAAUUGUGAUCUGGGAUGGACCAGACAGACGUUGGCGAAGUGGAUAUUGGGAUGGAAGCAUAUUCACAGGUGUUCCAGAUAUGAAGGCUGCGUAUGCACAUGGUUUGAAGCUUUACAAUGAAGGGGAUAGACUAUAUUUCACUUACACCGCAGCAAAUCUUUCUGAUGUGGUGAGGUUCCAUAUAAGUCCAAGCGGAUACGAGCUACAACAAAGGUGGGAUAAAGAUAGGGAGAAAUGGAGCAUAAUACAGUCUCAUCCAUCGGGUGAUUGUGACUUGUAUAACUUAUGUGGGAAUUUCGCGAAAUGUGAUGUCAACGAUUCCCCAAAAUGCAUUUGUUUAGCUGGAUUUGUACCGAAAGAUUUGGGACAGUGGAAUGCAAGAAACUGGUCAGAAGGGUGUGUUAGGAGGAAAGAACUGGAAUGCAGGGGAAAUAACACUGUCUUGAAGAGUGAUGGUGGAAAGAGGGACGGAUUCUUUGAGAUUGAGAGAAUCAAGUUACCGGAUUUUGCUGAUACUGCAGAGUUACAAAAUAUCGACGAGUGUCAAAGCAAGUGCCUUGAGAAUUGUUCAUGUAUUGCUUAUGCUUUUGUUAGCGGAAUCAGUUGCAUGACAUGGAGUGGAGAUUUGGUCGAUAUGCAGCAGUUUAAGGAAGGCGGAAACACUCUCUAUAUUCGCCUUGCUAGUUCUGAAUUUGCUGAUAGCAACAGGACAGUCCAAAUUGUGGUAAUAUCCGUUAUGGUAGCCGGGGCUUUUCUUGUUUGUAUGGCAAUUUUGCUACUAUGCAAGUACGAAGUCAAAAAGCGAGCAUCCAAUAGGAUCAACCAAAUGGAGACAAGCGAGCCAACUAGGAGCAGAGAGUUUUCUCAGGACACAUCAGGAGCAGGAGACUUGAGUAUUGAAGGGCAUCAUGGAAGUGGUUCAGAACUUACAUUCUUCAGUUUCAGCGGUGUAGCAGCAGCUACGAACAACUUUUCUAAUGAAAACAAGCUGGGACAAGGGGGAUUUGGCCCUGUCUACAAGGGAAAACUACUAUGUGGUUUAGAAAUUGCAGUGAAGAGGCUUUCGAGAAAGUCAGGACAAGGUCUGGAGGAAUUCAAGAAUGAGAUCAAGCUAAUCGCCAAAUUACAACAUAGAAAUCUUGUUAGACUUGUGGGAUGCUGCAUUGAAGGAGAAGAAAAGAUGCUUCUUUAUGAGUACAUGGCCAACAAAAGUUUAGAUUCAUUUCUAUUUGAUCCUGUUAAGCAAGCUCAAUUAGACUGGAGGAAACGCUUCAACAUUAUUGAAGGGAUUGCUCGAGGGCUCCUGUAUCUCCAUAGAGAUUCGCGACUCAGAAUAAUCCAUAGGGAUUUAAAGGCUAGUAACAUUUUGCUAGAUGAAGAUAUGAACCCGAAAAUUUCAGACUUUGGUAUGGCUAGGAUAUUUGGUGGAAAUGAAAAUGAAGCAAAUACAAAUAGGGUAGUUGGUACAUAUGGAUAUAUGGCUCCUGAAUAUGCAAUGGAAGGCUUGUUCUCUGGAAAAUCUGAUGUCUACAGCUUUGGUGUACUAUUACUGGAGAUCAUCUGUGGACGGAUGAACACAAGCUUUCGUUCAGAUGAACACUCAGGCAUUAUUGGUUAUGCAUGGCAGAAGUGGGAUGAAGGUACACCGAUGGACUUAGUAGACCGUUCUAUUUGGGACGAGUGUCAACAUGAUGAAGCAUUGAGAUGCAUACACUUAGCACUUAUUUGUGUGCAAGACAUGGCAGUUCACAGACCGAGCAUAUCUUCCAUCGUGUUAAUGUUGGAGACGGACAAUAUACAGUUGCCCUUGCCUAGGCAACCUACUUAUACUUCAAUGAGAAGAUAUGAAGAUGCAGAAAUAUGGAAUGAGAAGAAGGAUUUUUCCUCAAAUAAUGUCACAAUUAGUGUUAUAGUUGGUAGAUGAUAUCUGCUAUUUUGCUGAAAUGUUAAUGAUUUUGGGUGUGUUUGGUAUCAAGGGAAAUGUUUUGACCAUGGGAAAAUUGGAUACUGAACACACCUUUUGUGUUAUUUAGUUAUACAUUUAGCAAAUAUAUAUAUGAUACAUGGCUCAAGGCUUUUUGAGAUUUGAUUGAAGUGAUCAAUCAUAGCCUU